CGGGCCGGCUGGCUGGGAAGAUGGCGCCGGCAGCCCUGGCCGUCGCGGCGGAGCGGGCCCAGGGAGGCCGGGCAGCGCUGGCCGGGGCCGGGGCCGGGCCAUGAGCGUGCCGCCCUCGCGUCCCGGAGCCGCGGAGCCCGCCCGCGCCCCUCGCCAUGGCGCGGCUCGCGGACUACUUCGUGCUGGUGGCGUUCGGGCCGCACCCGCGAGGGAGUGGGGAAGGCCAGGGCCAGAUCCUGCAGCGCUUCCCAGAGAAGGACUGGGAGGACAACCCGUUCCCCCAGGGCAUCGAGCUGUUUUGCCAGCCCAGUGGGUGGCAGCUGUGUCCUGAGAGGAACCCACCAACCUUCUUUGUUGCUGUUCUCACUGACAUCAACUCCGAGAGGCACUACUGCGCCUGCUUGACCUUCUGGGAGCCGGCAGAUCCCACACAGGAAGCGGCCUGCGCCGAGGACACUGCUGAGAGGGAGGAGGAAGUGGACGAGGGGGAUCCUCUGCGACUGUCCCCCUCGGUGCCUCAUCCGUCUGGCCGACUGUUUGCACCAAAGACACUGGUGCUGGUGUCUCGACUGGACCACGUGGAGGUGUUCAGGAACAGCCUGGGUCUCAUCUACACCAUCCAUGUGGAGGGCCUGAGCGUGGGCCUGGAGAACGUCAUUGGGAACCUGCUUACGUGCAUCAUCCCCCUGGCUGGGGGCUCCCAGCUGGACUCUGUUGAGGACGGAGUGAGAACCAUCUCGCUGGGGGCUGGUGACCGGCAGGUCAUUCAGACCCCGCUGGCUGACUCGCUGCCUGUCAGCCGCUGCAGUGUGGCCCUGCUCUUCCGCCAGCUGGGCAUCACCAACGUGCUGUCUCUGUUCUGUGCCGCCCUCACGGAGCACAAGGUGCUCUUCCUGUCUCGCAGCUACCAGAGGCUCUCCGACGCUUGCCGAGGACUCUUGGCCCUGCUCUUCCCUCUCAGAUACAGCUUCACCUACGUGCCCAUCCUGCCGGCGCAGCUCCUGGAGGUCCUCAGCACUCCCACGCCCUUCAUCAUCGGCGUCAACGCUGCUUUCCAGGCAGAGACCCAGGAGCUGCUGGACGUGAUUGUUGCUGAUCUGGAUGGAGGGACGGUGACCAUCCCCGAAUGUGUGCACAUUCCACCCCUGCCAGAGCCGCUGCAGAGUCAGACACACAGUGUUCUGAGCAUGGUCCUGGAUCCAGAGCUGGAGUUGGCAGAUCUUGCCUUCCCACCACCCACAAUGCCUGCUUCCUCACUGAAUAUACAGGACAAGGAACUGCGUGCCGUCUUCCUGCGGCUCUUUGCUCAGCUCCUGCAGGGCUACCGCUGGUGUCUGCACAUGGUCCGUGUCCACCCCGAGCCCGUCAUCCGCUUCCACAAGGCAGCCUUCCUGGGCCAGCGCGGGCUGGUGGAGGACGACUUCCUGAUGAAGGUGCUGGAGGGCAUGGCCUUUGCAGGCUUUGUGUCGGAGCGUGGAGUCCCCUACCGCCCCACGGACCUGUUUGAUGAGCUGGUGGCCCACGAGGUAGCACGGAUGCGGGCAGAAGAGAACCACCCCCAGCGAGUCCUGCGUCAUGUCAAGGAAUUGGCGGAACAGCUCUAUAAGAACGAGAACCCAUACCCUGCCGUGUCCAUGCAUAAGGUCCAGAGGCCAGGGGAGGCCAGUCACCUGCAGCAGGCAUCCCGGCCAUUCCCCCGGCUGGACGAGAGCAUGGUGCAGUGGAUCGUGGACCAGGCCACAGCCAAGAUGCAGGGCGCGCCCCCCACGGUGAAGGCUGAGAGGAGGACCAGCGUGCCCUCGGGGCCCCCCAUGACUGCUAUCCUGGAGCGGAGCAGUGGGCUCCAUGGCAACAGUGCACGCCGGCUUGAGGUGGUUCGAAACUGCAUCUCCUAUGUGUUCGAGGGGAAGAUGCUCGAAGCCAAGAAGCUGCUCCCAGCCGUGCUGAGGGCCCUGAAGGGGCGAGCGGCCCGCCGCUGCCUCGCCCAGGAGCUGCACCUGCACGUGCAGCAGAACCGGGCGGUCCUGGACCACCGGCAGUUUGACUUUGUCGUCCGUAUGAUGAACUGCUGCCUGCAGGAUUGCACCUCCCUGGACGAGCACGGCAUCGCAGCUGCUCUGCUGCCCCUGGCCACGGCCUUCUGCCGGAAGCUGAGCCCGGGGGUGACGCAGUUUGCAUACAGCUGCGUGCAGGAGCACGUGGUGUGGAGCACACCGCAGUUCUGGGAGGCGAUGUUCUACGCAGACGUUCAGACCCACAUCCGGGCCCUCUACCUGGAGCCUGCCGAGGACCAAGACCCCUCACAGGGAGGAGAAGCGCCUGCACAGGACGAGCGCUCUGCCCUGGACGUGGCAUCUGAGCAGCAGCGCCUGUGGCCGACCCUGAGCCGCGAGAAGCAGCAGGAGCUGGUGCAGAAGGAGGAGAGCACGGUGUUCAGCCAGGCCAUCCACUACGCCAGCCGCAUGAGCUACCUGCUGCUGCCCCUGGACAGCAGCAGAAGCCGGCUGCUGCGGGAGCGCGCGGGGCUGGGUGACCUGGAGAGCGUCAGCAACAGCCUGGUCACCAGCAGCAUGGCGGGCAGUGUGGCGGAGAGCUAUGACACAGAAAGUGGUUUUGAAGACUCGGAGACCAGUGAUGUGGCCGGUGCCGUGGUCCGCUUCAUCAACCGCUUCGUAGACAAGGUCUGCACAGAGAGUGGGGUCACCAGCGACCACCUCAAGGGGCUGCACGUCAUGGUGCCAGACAUCGUCCAGAUGCACGUUGAGACCCUGGAGGCCGUACACCGAGAGAGCAGAAGGCUGCCUCCCAUCCAGAAGCCCAAGCUGCUGCGGCCACGCCUUCUGCCUGGCGAGGAGUGUGUGCUGGAUGGCCUGCGUGUCUGCCUGCUGCCGGAUGGACGUGAGGGGGGCGCAGGCGGUAGCGGUGGGGGGCCCGCACUGCUGCCAGCCGAGGGUGCCAUCUUCCUCACCACCUACCGGGUCAUCUUCACAGGGAUGCCCACCGACCCGCUGGUGGGGGAACAGGUGGUGGUCCGCUCCUUCCCUGUGGCUGCACUCACCAAGGAGAAGCGAGUCAGCGUCCAGACCCCCACAGACCAACUCCUACAGGACGGGCUGCAGCUACGCUCCUGCACAUUCCAGCUGCUGAAGAUGGCCUUCGACGAGGAGGUGGGGUCUGACAGCGCUGAGCUCUUCCGGAAGCAGCUGCAGAAGUUGCGCUACCCGCCAGACCUCAGGGGCACCUUCGCCUUCACCCUGGGCUCCACCCACACAGUUGGCCGGCCACCCCGCACUGCCAAGGACAAGGGUCCCUCCCUUAGGACUCUUUCUCGGAACCUCGUGAAAAACGCCAAGAAGACCAUUGGGCGUCAGUAUGUCACUCGGAAGAAGUAUAAUCCCCCGAGCUGGGAGCACCGGGGCCAGCCGCCCUCUGAGGACCAGGAAGAUGAGAUCUCAGUUUCGGAGGAGCUGGAGCCCAGCACGCUGACCCCUUCCUCGGCCCUGAAGCCCUCGGACCGCAUGACCAUGAGUGGGCUGGUGGAACGGGCAUGCUGCCGGGACUACCAGCGCCUGGGCCUGGGCACGCUGAGCAGCAGUCUGAGCCGCGCCAAGUCUGAGCCCUUCCGUGUCUCCCCGGUCAACCGCAUGUACGCCAUCUGCCGCAGCUACCCCGGGCUGCUGAUCGUCCCCCAGAGUGUCCAGGACAACGCCCUGCAGCGCGUCUCCCGUUGCUACCGCCAGAACCGCUUCCCCGUGGUCUGCUGGCGCAGUGGGCGCUCCAAGGCUGUGCUGCUGCGCUCAGGGGGCCUGCACGGCAAGGGUGUCGUCGGCCUCUUCAAGGCCCAAAACGCGCCUUCUCCAGGCCAGUCCCAGGCGGACUCCAGCAGCUUGGAGCAGGAGAAGUACCUGCAGGCUGUGGUCAGCGCCAUGCCCCGCUACGCAGAUGCUGCAGGUCGGAACACCCUCAGCGGCUUCUCUUUGGCCCACAUGGGCAGCCAUGUGCCCAGCCCCCGAGCCAGGGUCACCACGCUGUCCAACCCCAUGGCGGCCUCGGCCUCCAGACGGACUGCACCCCGAGGUAAAUGGGGCAGUGUCCGGGCCAGUGGGCGCAGCAGUGGGCUCAGCACUGAUGUUGGCUCCCGGCUAGCAAGCAGAGACAUGCUGGGUGGCCCCCAGGCCAAUGGGACCCCCCCCGACCCAGGCUUUCUUCGGCCCCAGCGUGCAGCGCUCUACAUCAUUGGGGACAAAGCCCAGCUCAAGGGCGUGCGGCCAGACCCCCUGCAGCAGUGGGAGCUGGUGCCCAUCGAGGUGUUUGAGGCCCGGCAGGUGAAGGCCAGCUUCAAGAAGCUGCUGAAGGCGUGCGUCCCUGGCUGUCCCACGGCCGAGCCCGGUCCGGCCUCCUUCCUGCGCUCGCUGGAGGACUCAGAGUGGCUGGUCCAGAUCCACAAGCUGCUGCAGGUCUCGGUGCUGGUGGUGGAGCUCCUGGCCUCGGGCUCCUCUGUCCUGGUGAGCCUGGAGGACGGCUGGGACAUCACCACCCAGGUGGUGUCCCUCGUGCAGCUGCUCUCGGACCCCUUCUACCGCACCCUGGAGGGCUUCCGUCUGCUGGUGGAGAAGGAGUGGCUGUCCUUUGGCCACCGAUUCAGCCACCGUGGCGCCCACACCCUGGCUGGGCAGAGCAGUGGCUUCACGCCCGUCUUCCUACAGUUCCUGGACUGUGUGUACCAGGUUCACCUGCAGUUUCCCAUGGAGUUCGAGUUCAGCCAGUUCUACCUCAAGUUCCUUGGUUACCACCAUGCAUCCCGCCGCUUCCGGACCUUUCUGCUCGACUCGGAUUACGAACGCAUAGAGCUGGGGCUAUUGUAUGAGGAGAAGGGGGAGCGCAGGGGCCCGCAGGCGUGCAGGUCCGUGUGGGAGUAUGUGGACCGGCUGUGUAAGAGGACACCCAUGUUCUACAACUACAUGUAUGCGCCCGAGGAUGCUGAGGUCCUGCGGCCCUACAGCAACGUGUCCAACCUGAAGGUGUGGGACUUCUACACUGAGGAGACGUUGUCUGAGGGCCCCCCUUAUGACUGGGAGCUAGCCCAGGGGCCACCUGAGCCCCCAGAGGAGGAACGGCCUGAUGGGGGCGCUCCCCAGAGCAGGCGCCGGGUGGUGUGGCCAUGCUACGACAGCCGCCCCCGGGCCCAGCCCGAUGCCAUCUCACGCCUGCUGGAGGAGCUGCAGCGGCUGGAGACGGAGCUGGGCCGCCCUCCCGAGCGCUGGAAGGAUGCCUGGGAUCGGGUGAAGGCCGCACAGCGCCUGGAAGGCCGGCCAGAGGGACGUGUGAGUGGGGGCACCCCCAGUUCCCUGCUGGUGUCCAGCGUGCCACACCACCGCCGCUCGCUGGGUGUGUACCUGCAGGAGGGCCCCGUGGGCUCCACCCUGAGCCUCAGCUUGGACAGUGACCAGAGCAGCGGCUCAACCACAUCUGGCUCCCGCCAGGCCGCACGCCGCAGCACGAGCACCCUGUACAGCCAGUUCCAGACCGCCGAGAGUGAGAACAGGUCCUACGAGGGCACCCUGUACAAGAAGGGGGCCUUCAUGAAGCCCUGGAAGGCCCGCUGGUUCGUGCUGGACAAGACCAAGCACCAGCUGCGCUACUACGACCACCGCGUGGACACCGAGUGCAAGGGCGUCAUCGACCUGGCCGAGGUGGAGACUGUGGCGCCAGGCACCCCCACCAUGGGUGCCCCCAAAACUGUGGAUGAGAAGGCCUUCUUUGACGUGAAGACCACGCGUCGUGUUUACAACUUCUGUGCCCAGGACGUGCCAUCAGCCCAGCAGUGGGUGGACCAGAUCCAGGGCUGCCUGUCGGAUGCCUGAGCCCAGCCACUCGGGCGCCCCGUGCCCAGCCCAAUCCAGACCACCAGGGGUGGGCAGGGCCCCAGCCAUGUUUACAGACCCCGCCCUCACAGUAUUGAGGCCCCACCCCCAGACGUGUGUGUACAGCCCCCGCCUGUCCCACUCGCGGCUCUACAGGACUCUGGCUGAGGGCAGCAGGUGGCCAUGGUACAGCCUGGCAUGGGCCUGUAAAUAGUCCACCCCCGCCCAGCCAGCCGCAGGCAGCCCGUUCCUGGAACCAGAGUCUAUAAAGAGCUCACGAUAUGCCAUA